AAGUCUUCUUGCCAGGCUUGGGGAAUAGCCUGAAAGACCACAUCACGGCAACGGCAGACCUUUCCCUUGUUAAAAGGCACUUGAACUCCUUGCUAUGUUGAAUAGUAUGGCAUCCAAGGAUUUCCUCAAUUGGAGUCUCCUGGCUUUGCUUCUGUUGCUUCGCUUUUGCCUGUGCCAAGAUGAAGACACGGAGGUGAGCAGAAGAUAUAAUAACCCAGUGGCCAAAGUCUUGCAAAGUCACCACCAGACUGGUCAAAAAGGUUCCAGCAGCAGGGAAUUGUUCAGACAGCGGAGUCGACUUGUUGAGUGGACGGUUGAGAAUGAUGAUGGUAAUAGCCCUUCUCCUGACCAAAAUGCCUUGAAACCAGAGGUAGAUGAUGUAGCACAGACUACCUCAAACAGAGUCCAGACUAUACACAGUGGACCUCAAAGCCCACCAGAAUGUGGCUGCCGGGGGGAUUUUGGAUUUCGGGGUUAUCAAGGCCCACCAGGGCCCCCUGGGCCUGCUGGAAUGCCAGGAAACCAUGGAAACAAUGGAAAUAAUGGUGCACCUGGCACUGAAGGAGCAAAAGGUGACAAAGGAGACAAGGGAGACAUUGGACUGAGAGGAGAGCGGGGCCACCAUGGACCGAAGGGAGAAAAGGGUUACCCUGGCAUCCCUCCAGAACUUCAGGUUGCAUUUAUGGCUUCAAUGGCAACCCAUUUCAGUAACCAGAACAGUGGAAUAAUCUUCAGCAGUGUUGAAACCAACGUUGGAAAUUUUUUUGACGUGAUGACUGGUCGAUUUGGAGCACCCGUGAAUGGAGUGUAUUUCUUCACCUUCAACAUGAUGAAGCAUGAGGAUGUGGAGGAAGUAUAUGUUUAUUUAAUGCACAAUGGCAAUACAGUUUUCAGCUUAUACAGCUAUGAAUCAAAAGGUAAAACUGACUCAUCAAGCAAUAGCGCAGUGCUUAAACUUGCUAAGGGAGAUGAAGUUUGGCUGCGGAUGGGCAAUGGAGCACUCCAUGGGGAUCAUCAACGCUUUUCCACUUUUGCAGGGUUUCUUCUUUUUGAAACCAAAUAGACUUAACAUUUUAAGACAAAUUUUGCUCUUUGCUUUCUCUAUCCUUUGGAACAACAUGGUAACGUACUUCGGGGCCCUUUCUGAAACCAGUAUGCUGGGGUCUAAAUCUAUGAAGCGGUAUGAGAAAGGUUAGGCAUGCUUCCUUAUGAGUUUGUUGUUGUUGUUGCCACUGAAAUCUGAAAUCCUAUUCCAGAUAGCUGAAUGCUGUGAUGAUUACAGCCUUUGGCCCCAAUCAAUGUGGCUUCACACUUGUAUGGAUUUGUUCAGCAUACAGGCCUGUGGGUCUACUUUCUUCUUUCAAAUUGAUUCAGAAGUCAUUGGGAACUUCAUGUGUGCUCCUGAGCUCCUUCAUUCAUAACAAAAAAUCAGAAGCACACCUAGUCUGCGCACAGCACCACAUCCAGUAUGGAAAUACAGAUAUGGAAGUGCAUAUACAUAGCUGUUCCAUUAUAACAACAUGACCUCUGAAUUGUUAAAAUUAGUUGCCAACUGGUGCAUCCACUUUAGGAAGAAUAAUAGUUCUGAAUUUUUGCCUUCUUUGUCCUUAUAAAUGCUCAAAUCUUGAUUUGUAUGCUUUGGGUGAUCUACAAGUAAAUUAAAUUGAAUUGUCUAUAAAGUAAUUUACUCAUCCUGUAUGAAUGGUUAGGUAUGUUGGCUAAAUUCAAGUACUUUUACUUAAUGGAGUUUGUAGAAUGAGGAAUAUACUAUUUUUUACUAUGUAGGCUUGUUUAGUUUGCACGAAUGAAAAUCUUCAUGUUUUAAAGUAUAUCAGCAAUUUUUCUGCAUGCUUUAAAAAACAGAAUCAAUUUGUCAUUAGUUCUUAUUAAAGUAUUUUGACCCUAGCUCAGUAGAAUGAAACAAGUUUGAAUUUUUUGUCAUGAAUGUGUUUAUUUGCUUAUUUUGUAAACUGAUCACUUACUAAUUAAAGACCACUUUGGACAAA